AUGGCUACGAAGUAUGAUUCAGAAGUGAGUGCAGAGCCCGACCGCGUGGAGAUCAACGAGAAGCGUAUUCUCCGGAAGAUCGACUUCCAUCUACUUCCGCUCGUGGUUGCACUACAUGCCAUCUCGCUCGUUGAUCGGACCAACAUUUCCGUGGCCAGAAUAUCUGGCAUGGACGAGGACCUGGCACUUGAGACUGGAGAACGCGUCUCGAUCGUCACUUCGACAUUCUUCAUCGGCUAUAUCCUGUUCAAUAUUCCUAGCAACGUCGUCAUUCGCGAGCUCGGAGCAGCGCGUUUCCUCGGGAGCAUCACUUUUGCGUGGGGCAUUGUAACGAUUGCCAUGGGUCUUAUCAACACGUGGGUGGCAGCAGCUGUUCUGAGAAGCCUGCUGGGCGUUUUAGAAGCAGGAAACACUCCUGGCUCGAUAUAUCUGGUUCAAGCAUGGUAUCGGAAAUAUGCAGUGCAGAAGCGACUGGCAGUCUAUUUCCUGGGCUCCUUAUUCAUUCAAGGAUUUUCCAACAUUUUCGCGUAUGGCCUGGUCCAGAUCGGCAACCAUACGACGUAUAGUGGUUGGCGCUGGAUCUACAUCAUCGAGGGGUCCAUCACUACUGUGCUUGGCAUCAUUGCAUACUGGCUGCUGGUUGAUUUUCCAGAUUCUCCUAAAACGAAGUUUCUCUCUCCCAAGGAAAAGGCCUUUGUCAACGAAAGACUGUCCUGGGAUCGGGGAAUCAACGAGGCUCAUAAAGUCACCUGGCAAUCCAUCGAGGAAGACCUAAAGGACUGGAAAGUGUGGGCUUGUGCUUGGAUCUACUUCUCUGCAACGAUUGGAACCUAUGCUCUAGGAUUCUACCUCCCCACAAUUCUCAAGAAGAGCCUAGGGUUUUCUCUGGCAGCAUCGUUCCUACUGUCGGGUGUCCGAGAUACUUUCGCCGUCAUCGUGUCCUUUACACUGUCCUGGCUAUCCGACAGGAUCAAAAUGAGAGGGCCGUUCGUCUGCGGCCAGGCAAUCCUGAGCAUUAUUGGGCUCGCACUGCUGGCGUAUACCGAGCCCCCAACUUCGAGAUUAGUUGGGGCUUUUCUCGGUGCUGCCGGCUCGAACGCGAUCAUCCCAUCGGCACUGGCCUGGCAAGCCAACAAUUGCAGACAAGGCAAGAAGCGAUCAGUCGCAAGCGGGCUACAGGUCAUGUUUGGAGCAACCGGGGGCCUGGUUGCGUCGUAUAUCCUUAGGCAGCAGGACGGUCCGGCAUAUAUUCCAGGUCUCACCACUAUCAUGACCGUGCAGAGCUUUACGGUCUUCCUCUCAAUCUUCCUAUCCCUUUGGUGCCGGAGGCUGAACAAGCGUGCUGAUGACGGGAAGGUCAUUUUGGAAGGUCUACAGAGUUUCAGGUAUACGAUGUGA